UUCAACCUUUGCCCGUUGCCCAACUGCUUCAUCAAACCACCUUCACGUUCACAAUCCCGAUUGCAUGCAAACGGGGAACCUGCCUCUCAAUAAUGACGUAGCGACAAUCCUUACACACUGACAGACUGGAACCGCUGCCAACAUGUCUGUCAGUCCGGCGCAGUCUCUCCAGCUGACGGACUAUCUCGAGAAGCUGCCUGGUACGACCUUUAGGAAGCUCUACCAGCAGCCCUCGACUUCCUUUGCCAUCUUUCGGCGCAUGCUCACACAUCUGGCGAAGACGUUUGUCAUGCGGAUGCUCUUCAUGCCAAAGCCGAUGCUGCUCACCGAACUCGACGAUUGGGUCAAACCUGACGCGAAACGGCAAAAAGACCAGGCACUCUCGAUUCUCCGAGGGCUGCACAUCAUACAGAUUUCGGUCCCAUCCAAGGAGAAACCGCAAGAGCUGUACUUGACCGCCAACUUCAAGACGUCUCUCAGGCUCGCUCUCACCGGAGGCGGCACGCACAAUUCUUUCGGUGUUCCUUCAAGCCUCGCCGUUCCCACCGAGAUCGACAUCGCAUUCCUCGAUCGAUACGCGCGAAAGAAAUGGGAGGACAUUCUCCACUUUGUCGUCUCGAGCGUCGGCUACAAAAGCGCAGGCGAGUCCUCCGGACCGAACAAGAGCGUCAAAGACCUGCUUGUCGCCGGUCGGUUGGUGGACCGACGGCCAAAUGGGAGCGUGGGCAUUACGCAGGCCGGAUUUACGUUUUUGCUGCAGGAGGCAAACGCGCAGGUCUGGACACUGCUUCUCUUGUGGCUGGAAGCGAGCGAGAUCAACAGGGCUGCGGGACUCGAGACUGUUGACAUGCUGUCCUUUCUAUUCGUUUUGGCCAGCUUGGAGCUGGGGCGCGCCUACGACACCAAUGCGCUGACGGAGCAGCGGAAGAAUAUGCUUCCCUCGCUACUGGAUUUUGGACUCAUCUACAUCCCGCAGCACAAACGAUCCAUGUUCUUUCCUACGAGGCUGGCGACAACUCUGACAAGUGGUGGAAACAGCUUGCGGACAAUCAGCGACGGGGUCGCGGCCGCAACAUCCGCUGCGCUCAACCCCAGCCAAGCUGGACCGUUGGGCGGCACCGGCGAGCAAAAGGGCAGCGUGGUUGUGGAAACUAAUUAUCGCAUCUACGCAUACACGCAGUCGACCCUGCAGAUCGCGGUGCUUGCCCUUUUCACCAAGCUCAGCAUGCGCUUCCCGGAUAUGGUUGCUGGCCGGCUUACCCGCUCGUCCAUCCGCCAGGCCAUCAACUUUGGCAUCACCGCCGACCAAAUCAUCUCGUACCUCGCGGCCCACGCGCAUGACCAGAUGCAUCGCACGGCAGCGCUGACCAACAAACCGGUCCUUCCGCCAACAGUAGUUGAUCAGAUUCGCCUAUGGCAGCUAGAGAACGAGCGCAUGAAGACGACCAGCGGAUUCCUGUUCCGUGACUUUGACGACCACAAGGAGUUUAUGGAGACGGCUCGCUUUGCGGAGGAGAUUGGCGUGCUGGUAUGGAGGGGCGACAAGUCUGGCAUGUUCUUCGCCAGCAAGCAUGAACAGAUUCGGGACUAUCUGAAGAGCAGAAAGCGUGCUGAGUAGACAACACUUGCGUCGGGAUGCGGGGUGUCAUAGAGCCACAAAACGGAGUGAUGAACAUGGGAACGCGGCGUUCACCAAAUGGUAUGGCGUUGGGUACGCCAAGAGGCAUGUGGGAUAUGGAGGUCUCGACGACCUGUAGGAACGGUGCGUCGAUGAUCACAAUGACGACCAUCACGAGGAUAAAGACACGAAUUGUUCCAUGUACAAAGAAUCUUGUCAUUAUCAUCUUGGCUUCUAUAGUCUGGUGCCCUCUGUUUGUCCGACUCCCUAUCCCAAAUUUCCCAUCAGC